AGAGGAGGUGAGAUCUCUGCUGGGAAACACUUAUUUGGAGUGAAUAAAGAAGAGAAGUUGGUGAGUCCUGCUCUGUAGAAAUAACUUUAAUACCAAAUGGCUGAGGCAGAAAAAGGAGAGAAGAAGGUGGAGGUGGUGUGUAGUAAACAUCCAGAAGAGCCUAGAUUGUUCUGUAUGGAUGAAGAGAGAGCUGUGUGUCCUUUCUGUGAGUUUUCUCUCCAUCAGAGUCACAAGGUGGUUCCUGUAGAACAAGCAGUCAGUGAGCUGAAGGACCUGCUGAAAUCUGACUUAGAGUCUCUGCAGGACAAGAGGGACACAUACAAAGGAGUGGAGACAACAUACAAUGUAGUGAUUCAAGUGUCCAAGAAGCAGCUGCUGUCCACAGAGAGGCAGAUCAGAGCAGAGUUCAUCAAGCUCCAUCAGUUCCUGAAAGAGGAAGAGGAGUCCAGACUGGCAGCUCUGAGGGAGGAAGAGGAGCUGAAAGGGAAGACUAUCAGCAGAGAGAUGAAGAGCAUUCAGGAGCACAUCUCCUCUCUGUCACACAGUAUCUCUGCUGUUGAAGAAGAGCUGCAGAAACACAACGUGCCCUUCCUCAGCAGUUAUAAAGCCACUCAGAGCAGAGCCAGAGUCCAGAGCUCACUGUCAGACCCACAGCUGCUCUCAGGAGCGCUGACAGAUGUGGCCAAACACCUGGGCAACCUGUCCUUCAGAGUCUGGGAGAAGAUGAAGGACCAGGUCCACUUCAGUCCUGUCCUUCUGGACCCAAACACUGCACACAGCCGGCUCUAUCUGUCUGAUGAUCUGACCAGUGUGAGAUUUGGAGACACAGAUCAGCAGCUUCCUGAUAAUCCAGAGAGAUGCACUCAGUAUGCUGAAGUUCUGGGCUCUGAGGGCUUCAGCUCAGGGAAACACAGCUGGGAGGUGGAGGUGGGAGAUCAUCCUUUCUGGCUUAUAGGUUUGACUAAAGAGUCAGUUGACAGGAAGGGAGUGAGAUUUGCCUCACCAGAAGAUGGAAUCUGGUGUUUAUGGCAUGACGAUGGAAAAUACACUAAUGGUGCUGGUGAGACUGUCAGAGUGGAGAAGAAUCUCCAGAGGAUCAGAGUCCAGCUGGACUAUGACAGGGGGGAGGUGUCCUUCUACGACCCUGAACACAUGACUCCCAUCUGCACUCUCAGAGACACUUUCACUGAGAAACUCUUCCCAUAUUUUCAUAUUGGAAAAGCUGGUGAUGCUAAAACUGCUGAUAUCAAAAUCUGUCAGAGUGAGAUUCCUCUGUGAUGCUCAGGAGUGUUGGUUCAUACUUUAUUCUGACUUCACUGUCCGUCUACAUCUCUUUGGAACAAUCAAGAAAAGAAUCAACAGAUGAUGAGAUAUUAAUCUUUGCAUGACAUUUUUACACAUUAUAAUCAAAGAGUCAGUCAAAAACAAAAACAAACAAAGCAACUUGAUUGUUUAUUGCUAUAGUUUAUUUUGUAUCAUACUUUAUUACAGUGUGUUUAUAGUUUUUAUUUAACUCACUGACACUUUAUUAAAAUCGGAAAAUCAUUUUAAAAUAUAUUGAGGCAUGAUUGAUGAAUGUUCACAUUUUGAAUCCAAAAAUCUUUAAAAGAAUGCAUUUAUUUUCUGUUUUUCUUUGUAAUGGAUGAAAUGAGAAAGUUUGAUUAAGUUUUGUGUGAAUUCUUGAAGAAAUGUAAGAAGUUUGUAUUUCGUGCUGAAACGUCAUGAAAUCAACCAAACUAACAAAUCAAAGCUGUCAGUUCUCCUUUUAUCAACAUCUAGUUUCUAGUCAAACAUCAUGUUAUAGCAGGAUAAGUUAUCAGUUUAACUUUUUUAUAUUU